ACACUUUACCAUGGCAUGAACAAUGUCGUCGGUUUGAUUAUGAACUCUAGCUCCCAUGACCCCUUGUGAGUCAGAGUAUUGGUUCAUAUUUUGCGCGUACUGCUGUUGCUGUCGCUGUUGGUGCUGUUGGUGGACGUCUGUCAUAGAGCUGGAUAUUAUUGGACAGCUGUAUUGGUGGACAACAAUAGCGCGCAAAAUGAUUCGCUCUUUUGCAUACCAGCUCACUGAAGCAACAAGUUUCACACGUGAUCUUUCAACAUCUGAAGCUGGGUUUUAAAACAUCUUUUGGCUCAAUUUGCCUUUGUCAACCACUUUUCUGCCUUUAUGUCGUCUGCUGAAGGAUCAUCGCAAUCCCCGGAGGCAUCUGCUCCUACUGCUUCAGCAAGUGCACUCAGUGGUCAGAGAACAAUACCACAGCCGAAAAUGCAACUGAACUUUCCAGCUGGUGCCCCACCUGAUAUAAUUCGCGCAAACCAAAAAGAUGUAUAUUACCAAAACACUUUGCAGGAGCAAAUGACGGACGUAUUUCAGCGAUUUAUUGGUACAAGAAGACAGCACCAAUAUCAAAAAGAAAUCAAUGUGUUUUCCGACUUUUGCUAUUAUGGUCUCACUACGUUACUAGGUACUCAGACCCUUGGAGAGGAGUAUUGUGAUAUAGCUCAAAUCAAUGUCCAUUCUCAAACAUACCCUGGUUUGCUGCGACGAAGCACUCUAGUAUUUUCACAUGUCUUGCUGCCAUAUAUUUAUACACGAGGAUUUUCUGAAUUUCGAAAGCGAAAUCGCCAACAAACUAGAACCAGAAAAGAACCAGAAAAUAAGCUUCAAGCAUACACCCAAGCUUUCUUAACAAAGCAUUUGGAAACAAUUCAAGAUUUUUUCAAGAAAUAUGUCCACAUGGGUCAUCUGGCUCUCUUUUACUUCGUUGGAUCCUAUUACAGCAUCUCCAAGCGCAUAACUGGUAUUCGAUAUAUUUUCACUCGACGACUAGAGAAGCACGAAGAACGUGCAGGGUAUGAAGUAUUGGGUCUGUUGAUCGGCGUACAGCUGUUCAUCCAAGGAUACCUCAGCUUGCGCAGAUACUUGGUGGAGCGCAAAGCGGCUCAGAUUGAACCUGUUGCUGUUGCCUCUGAGACAAAGGAAAAGGAACAGGGAACGGAGGCGGAAAAGGUAAUCGCUGCCGAAGACGAUUAUUCUUUCAUGUUUGACGAGGAAGAAGAUCAGGCAUCUUCAGAACAAGAAGAAGAACUCAGUUAUGAACAAAUACAGGCAUUGAAAUGUGCUUUGUGCCUUGAACCACGCACUACUACAACCGCUACUCCAUGUGGCCAUCUUUUCUGCUGGGAUUGUGUUGUUGAAUGGUGCCAAAACAAGUCGGAAUGCCCCCUCUGCCGAAGUAGUGUUAAUGUUUCCCAUCUUAUACCAUUAGCAAACUUUUAAAUAAUGGCUGACUGCUCUGUAUUGUACAUUUUAUAAAACCAUUUUUCUUAUUAUGAUCAAAUAGCUUGUACUGUAGACGUUGCAUCUAUAAUAUCUGAAUUAUCAUUGUCUUCAGAUGGUGGGAUAUCCUGUUGACUCUCUUGUGGUUGAGGUUGCUCUUCGUUGUUAGCAAUCACUUGAGGUUCUGGGGCAGGAGCAGGAAACAAUUCACUCUUAAGGUUGGGCAUAAAUCCAUCCAAGCGCUCCCAAGUAAUAUCCCAGAGAUGGUUAUAUUCUGGCGGAGUGUCGGCUGGUAGAUCAUGAGGUGGGAUAACUGUGAAUGCUCCCGAAGUAUACAUGACAAGCAGCAUAUUCUUCAACGAUUCUCGAACUGCUUCGGC